CAUAUGCAAUGUCAUGGCGCCCAUUUCCAUUCCCCCUCAUGCGGUUCAGUGCAUUUGACAGGGGCGAGAAGGGUGCGAAAAGAAAGACUGAUUCGGCAAAUGACUGGAGUACGGUGCCUGCAAGACUCAAGGGUAGGCACCCCUGCAGUACACGCAUACACUGCAUCCACGAUGAUGCCUAACUACCAGGCUCCACGAGAACAGAGGCUGAGCUUGGCAGCUACUACAUCAAUUUUAUCAACAAAACUACAACAUGGGAUGAUCCUCGUGCUCACGCUCCUAUAGUUCAUGCUCCUCCACCCUAUCAAGAACCAGCACAACUCCUAAACAUGCAGCCUCAACUGCAUGGAACACCUGACCAUCGCAAUAUUUACCCCUCCAGUCCUGCUCCUUAUCACCCUCAACCUGCUUUUCAUUUACCCUCCCCUUACAUCCAAGAAAUACUGCGUCAGGAUAUAUCCAGUUUCCGCCCAAGUCCAGUGCCUGGUCGUGCGCAUACUGCACCAUUAAUGGGAUCCCAUGCUAUUGGGCAUCAUAGUAGUAGUAAACUACAGGAAACUUCAUUCAGCACUGCUGUAGCCACAGAGAAUUCUGUUGCCAAAAUUUCUGCAAUGUUUCCAACUGUUUCAGAAACGCACAUUCGUGCUCUUCUAAUCAAGUACCAUAGCCGAGAAGCUGUGGUAAUCAGUGCUCUGCAGGUGGAGAAGAAUCCAAUAACAACCCCGGGUCCUUUCAGUACCCCUCCUCUUGCCCGUCACAUUAUAAUUCCCCCUUCUGUUCUUCCUCCCAACUAUCAUUCCACUCCACCUUCUGGCCUCCGAGACUUUGUCACUCCUCCCCCCUCCUUGUACUCAUAUGGCUAUGGAACUGGUGGAACUUUGACAGGAAGCCUUGCCUCUAGCUCCUGUAUGGGUUCACCAGCGAUUCGCCACUCCCCAAGGCCUCAUUCUUCUCCUAAGAUGAAACUAAGAUAUAUGAAGAGUAUGUUCCCAAAAGCGGACGAGACUGUUAUUUUGGACACUUUGUACAAUGUGGAUAACAAUGUGCAAGCAGCUACAAGCCAACUACAAGCUAUGGGCUUUGACAAGAGAGAUACAACACCUUCUCAUGCGGGUACACCGUCCUCAAAAAUGAAGGUGACAGAUAAAAAUAUGACUGAAAAGGAGAAAGAUAAAGUAACCAGCACUCCUACAACAUCAGCAAGAUUGAGGAGUGUGGAAGAAAAGCAAGGAAUGCGUGACAGGAUAAAGAAAACUUAUCCAGAUUUAGCUGAGCAAGUUAUUCUGAUGGCUUUAGAUAGUGUGGAUUAUGAUGAAAAAAAAGCUGAUCUCAUUCUGAAGACAAUGAUCAAAGAAGACACUCCAAAGUCAACACAACCAAGUUCUGCAUGCUCAUCUCAAAGACCUCAGAGUAAUAAAUCUGAAGAUGCUGAUGCGUCAUCUUUGGGAACAAAAACAACCAUAGAGGCAGAUGUGAUCACUCACUCUAAUAAAAAGGGAAGUUUUGACCACAAUAAGAGCUCGGUGGAGGAGGAUCUUAAGAUCACCCAAAAUUUCCCUGCUACAGAGGACAUUGCUCUUAAAACAGAAGGUAGCUCUACCCUUCAAAAAAGUGUUGGCGACUGUGGACCAACAUCUAAAAGUAUUUUAACAACAAAUGCAACAGUUCAUCUGUCUCCGAAGAAAGCAGCUUCUUCAAAAUAUUCUGCUCAGCCACUGUCAAUGAAGACAUCAAUCAAAAAGACAAAGGGCAAAAAGGAUGUUCCAAAGGUUUCAAGAGGCACAAGCACCACAGAAGAUAAAGAAUAUCGUUCAGCCUACCGAAUAACAACAACUGGACCCAAUCCAGGGUUUCACCAUGGACCAAAUGACGAACUAUUAAUAGAGGAUUAUGUGACAUGGGCAGGGCCCAACCGCAGUUCUGAACAUGCCAGCAUGGCAAAGGGUCCAAAUAAAGCCCUAUUAAGCUGUCAGCAGACUGCAGCUCGAGGACCAAAUAGAGAUGCAUGUAAAGGUCCUCAGAAAGGGCUAUCCAAAGGAAGUCUUUACUCCCGUUUAGCCGCCUGUAAUGCUGCCGCUACUCUGCUCGUUGUUGAAUCGCGGGGGAAGUGAAGCAAACCAGGAUAAAUGUUUGUACCAUACCAUCUCAGCAAAAACCACAGAUUGAUUCUAAAUUCUACACGAUCUGUUCCUGUUUCAUGAUGUACUAUUUCCUUUUUAAAAAUUGCAUGGCUGUAGUUGGCUAAGUGAUGACAAAGCCUAUUAAUCCAGUUCAUACUAUUAUGGGACGUCUAGUAUUUUCCUACUUGUUAAGAGUUUUAUAAAAAUUUUGUCCAAUAUGAACAUUUUUCAUCUUUUUGUCAUUUAUACAUGGAUGACAUUUACUUUCCAUCCACUAAAAUUAAGAUAAAACUCUAUUUAGUACUUAUUUUUAUCAACUCAAGGGACAGAAUUUUAGAAAUUUAGGAGAUAAAGUAUCACAUUUGUUUUUCAUGCUGCAAUAUAAUUGUGUCUUAUUGUUGGCGAUUAAGUGGCAAACAAUUCAUUGCAUCUUUGUAAAAAAUUUAUAGUCUUCUGAAUGUUCUUGACUUCCCAUUUGAAGUUGUUAGUAGAUACGUAUUUGUCAGUAUGUAGUGAGACCUGUAAAAGCAGAAGUAGAUAAAUGUUCAAUGGUAUAUGUCAUGUCCAAUUUGUAAUGUAAUGAGUGGGAUUUUUAGAGGACAAUAGUCCUUAAAUUUUGGUAGCCAAUGUUCGUAAAGUUGAAGUAGAUUGUAAGUACACUAUAGGCAAUGUUAGAAAUUCUAGAGUCAAUUUAAAAUUUACUUUAGAUUUGUGAAGAUUACCACCUGGUAUUGAAUCUUUUAUCAACAUUUUGACUAGUCUUAUCUAAGCUGAAAGUAACAAGCUGUGAUUAAGGAAUACAAAAACAAUACUCUUUUUCUUUUACCAAAUUUGGCAUUAUGCUGAAGUUGUCAUGGAUAGUAGAUUCAAAAGAAAAGCAAGUUGCUCAACAGUGUUUGGUUAUAGAAAGUUGUUUGUCAUGUGAUGAUGUGUGUGAUAAUAGAUAAAUUAAUAUUUUUUAGAAAUUUGCAAGGACAUCAUUUUCUUGCCAAUAAAAUGAAAGCUGCUGAGGAAUUCAUUUCAUAGGCAAGGUAUUUAAAAAAAUGUCGAUAUUGUAUUGUAACUUCUUUACUUACAGUUUGAGUUCAAUAAAAUGAUGGUGAAAACA